AAGAUGGCGGCGGGAGAGGAGGAGGAGGCGGAGGCGGAGCCGGGCCCCUUCGAGUUGGGUCACCUGUUGAAGGGCCCGUCGAGCGGCGUGAUUGGCUCGCCCCAAGAGCCUGCGGCCUCCCUUCCCGCCUCGGCGUCGAUGGGAUAGGGUUAAAAAGCCGAAGCCCUGGGGGCGGCGAGGCCUCGCUCUCUCUCUUUCUCUUUGAGGUACCACCCCCCGGCUCCUCCCCUUCAGCCCGGCAUGGAGGGGCUCGAGAGGCGGCGCGAGAGGGAGGAAGAAGGAGCGGCGUCGGGAGGAGGAGGCCAGGAGGCGGCGGGAGAGGCCAAGGCCGCGGAGGAGCCUCUGGACUGGACCUUCGUCGACAUGGAGACGGCGAUGUCGCUGCAGGACCUGCCCGCCGCCCUCAUCGCCUGCAACCUACCGCUGGCGGUCUUCUUCCCCGACGGACCCAGCAGGGCAAGGUUUGAAGCGCUCUUUAGAACACAUGACAAAGAUGUCACCUUUCAGUAUUUUAAGAGUUUCAAAAGAAUACGGAUAAACUUCAGCAACCCUUUGUCAGCAGCAGAUGUUAAAAUUCGGUUACACAAGACAGAAUUUCUUGGAAAAGAGCUAAAACUAUUUUUUGCUCAGUCUUUGCAUAUUGGAAGACCACACUUAGCACCACCAGAUCCAGAAAAGCAAUUCCUGAUUUCCCCUCCAUCGUCUCCUCCCAUUGGCUGGACACAAUCAGAUGACGCCACACCUGCCAUUAAUUAUGACCUUUUAUAUGCCAUCUCCAAGCUAGGACCAGGUGACCAGUAUGAACUUCAUGCUGCAACUGAAACUACCCCCAGUGUUGUGGUCCAUGUGUGUGAAAGUGAUGAUGAAAUUGAGGAGGAAGAAGAGAACGACUCAUCCAAGAAACCAAAACCAAAAAUUAUUCAAACUAGGAGGCCAGAUUAUACUCCUCCUCACCAAAGUUGAAGUACAUCAGACUUUGCUCGCUGUAAACUAGCAUGUUCCAAGGAAACAUUGUGAAAGUGACAGGUCACAAAUACAAUGACAUUUGUGGUGGAAGCAGAAAUUCUAAUGUAAAGAUAAUUUCAGAAAAGAAAUGUCUUCAUUUAUGUGCGUGUGUUAAUGCUGCACACGGGUUCAUAAGACUGAUCCCUGCAUGAACUUCUUGAAUGGUUAUCUUGGAGAAUAGCCAGUCAUGGUGGCAUAGAGGUGAAAUUAUAUUCUGCUUGUGUUUAGGGACAUUUUCAGAUUUUCUGAAUUUCUGUUACGAAGGAAGACUUCCCUGCUUUUGUCUUUGUCCUAUGAUAAAUUUACAUUUCAUAGGGGGAGGGGGUAGACAGUGUGGCCACCGCCCUAAAAUACACUCACUGCUGGUUACAUACCAUUGGAAGCAAUGAGCAAACAUGUAAAGUGUGUUUGGGGUUGUGGCUUGUAUAUGGCAUAUAGUAGCUUUAAAAAUGAAGUGAGAAUUUGUUAGUCAUUUUUCAUUCUAGAUUUUGAGUCUGCAUGUAGAACUUGAGAAUUUCUUUAACUUUAGAUGUACUCAUAUUAUAUUGAGAAAAAUCUCAUUGAUUUCUCAGCUGUCUUUCUGAAUUACGUUUGUAUCGGCAUUCUUUUUUUUUUUUAUGGGAACAUAUUUUAGUAAACACUACAUUUUGUGCAAUAGCCCUUUUUAACGUAAACUGCCAAUAUGGUUUAUCAAGGAAACCUAUAAAAUACUUGUGCACAUUUUAAAAGGCUGGGUGAUUUUAAAUUAUUCUAAAUUAAAGUAUUUAUAUUGGUUCCAACCAUCUUAACUGCUUUAUUGAUCAGAAGUAUAGGAAAUCUGCAAUGAAAUACUACCAUAUGUCACAACGUGAGAGAAUAUAAGCUAUAUUUCCUAACCCAAAUGUAUCUGUGAAUAUGGUAAUUGUUGGUAGUGGUGCUUAGACCAACUUGUAUGUAAACUAAUGUGAAGCAUGUUUGCAGAGAAUGGAGUGCCUUUUUUCUCAUGAACAUGGAGUAGGGGAGAGGAAUUGUUGCACUAACUGAAGACUAUUUAAUUUUUUAAAAAAGUGACAGUAAAUAUUUUAUGGAAUUGCCUUCCGAAGCAUUAUCAACCAAGGUAGAAUUCCUUGUGUUUGAUGCAAAGCCACAAUUUACUUGUUUCAGUGCUUUGCUAUAAGAGCUGCAUUUUGUUUGCUGCUGAACAGUAACUGGUUCCAACUAUUUAUCCCAUACUUAAAAACAAAACAAAACAGUCUGGUAAUGUUCCACAUACCAUAUUCAUAGGAAUUUUAUUUUAGAAGAUAUUCUUGAUUAAACUUGUUUCUUUUUUUAAAUAAACUUAUUUCACAAA